AUGAGCACCAGGAUCGCCCUCAAGGCGCGCUUCCCGGUGUCUCGUCUAUUCCACUCACCAAUCAACCGUUCUCUUCGAUCAUCAUCAUCAUCAUCAUCAUCAUCAUCGUUCAGCACAAUGGCCCGAUCCUACGACGAAGCCCUCUCCAAGCUCGCCCUCCUGCAAUCCAACCGCAUCAUCACAAGCCUCUUCGAGUCCAAGUCCCCCGCCAAGAACAAGCCCGCCCAGGACCUCAAUGCCGCCGCCAUCCCCGAAAUGCUCGAGUGGCUCCGGCGGGCAGGCUACUCGCAGCAAGACCUCGCCCGCAUGCGGCACAUCCACGUCUCCGGCACCAAAGGAAAAGGCUCGGUGUGCGCGUACGCGACGGCGAUGCUGGCAAAGUACCGCGUGGUGGGAACGUACACGAGCCCGCACCUCGUCCACGUGCGGGAGCGCAUCGCCAUCAACGGGGAGCCCGUUUCGCGGGAGGAGUUUGCGGCCGCCUUCUUCGAGAUAUGGGAUCGGCUCACGGAGGCUGCGGUGAAGGCGGGCGUGCCGGAGGCCGAUGCGCAGGGGCCGGCGUCGAAGCCCUUUUAUUUCCGGUUCCUGACGAUCAUGGCGUGGCACAUCUUCCUGAAGAGGGGGGUCAGGGAUGUUGUGAUUGAGUGCGGGAUCGGGGGCGAGUACGACUCGACGAAUGUGCUGCCGAGGGAGGCCGUUUCGGCGGCGGUGGUUGCGCAGCUUGGGAUCGAUCAUGUUGCCAUGCUGGGGGACACGGUGGAGAAGAUUGCGUGGCACAAGGCGGGGAUACUGAAGGCUGGCGUGAAGGGGUUUACGAUCAAGUUGAAGGAUCAGCCGGGCGUGAUGGAGGUGCUGAGGAAGAGGGCGGCGGAGAAGGGCGCGGUGCUGGUGGAGGUUGACGAGGAGGAGGUGGAGAGAUGGGGAGGUGUGGAGGGACGUUUGAAGGGGGAUUUCCAGAAGAGGAACCAGGCGCUGGCCGUGUUGGCGGUGCGGGAGCAUCUUGGCUUGAUGGGAGGGGGUGAUAAGCAGCCGCUGGAAGAUAUCCCACGGGAAAUGGUUGAGGGCUUGCGGGCGGCGAGGCUGAGGGGGAGAUGCGAGGUUGUGGACGACGGGGAGGCGGAGUGGCUUUUGGACGGAGCG